UGUAUGGAAGGCAAUUGAGCAUAAGACAGUCCCCACACGGCCCACGUGUGUGCUUGUGUUGCAGAGAGCCGUGGGGUUCAGAACCACUCUGCGGAGACGGCGUGCCCUCAGGAGGAAGUGAGGAGACCGGCAAAGCAGCAACAUGUCUGAGUUCCAGCAGUUGACGGAAAGCACCAUCCCCUGCGCCAGGGAGGUCCUGCGGGACAACUACAAGAACCUGCUGAAAGUGGCGGAUUACUGCGACAGCAACUACGAGGGGGCACAAGACAAGCGGAAAGCCUUAGAGGAAACCAUGGCCUUCGCGACUCAGUCUUUAGCCAGCGUGGCCUACCAAAUCAGCACCCUGGCCAAUGACAUCCUCAGGAUACUGGACUUGCAGGCCACUGAAGUGCGGCAGGUGGAGGCCAGCAUCUGCUCUGUCACACAGGUGGUAGAAAUGCACAAGGAGAAAGUGGCCCGCCAACAGAUCGGGAUGCUUGCCGUUUGCAAGAGAUUUCCACACUGCCAGAAAAUCAUCUAUCCAGACCACCUCGAGCCCCUGGAGACGUAUUACAGGAAACCGCUGGAUUUUAGCAGUUUGGAUGACGUUGGACACGGGAUAAAGGAUCAAAGCACACAGCUGGCCAGAACAGGGACUCUAGCCAGGAGAGGAACCAAAACAUCUGCAGGACAGUCUCCCGGAAGCCUCAGGAGAAGCCACCGGACCCUGGAGCCGAUACAGUCCCCUGUUGUCCCAGAUGCCAAAGUGCCACCAGCUUCACCGGAGUCCUCCCUGAGCAGUUCUACCAGACUGAUGGGCAGUGCCGACUUGAAGGCACCCACUGAACCACCUCCUCCUCCUCCCCCUUUGCUGUCCGUCUUCCCUCCUCCGAUGGAAAACGACAUUCCUCCUCCCCCGCAACCAGAUGUCUUGCUGCCCCCACCUCUUGCAAUGGAUGAUUUGCCUCCACUCUCUGCACCAGAUCUGGAUUUCCCAGCAUCCCCUCCACCACCACCUCUGGACGUCACUGAUCUUGAAUUAUUGGGGCCUCCAGUCCUGCCUCCUCCACCACCCCUGGAAAAAUUGCCAUGGGCCCCGGAGACCUAUCUAGAUAAAGUGGUGACGCUCUACCCUUACGCGAAACAGAAAGAGAACGAACUGUCAUUUGACGAAGGGGCUGUUCUUUACGUGACCCGGAGGUACUCUGACGGCUGGUGCGAAGGGGUGAGCAGCGAUGCCGAGGGCUUGUUCCCAGGGAACUACGUCGAGCCUUUGCACUGACAGAGACAGGGGGAAAACAGGGGCUCCUGCUGCCAAGCUCUAAGGAUAAGAGCUCACUAAAAGGCACAUUUAAUUCUGAUGACUUGUUCUGACAUUGAAGUGAGCAGGCAGGAGAGAUCCUGGCUGGGUGGAGGCUACUCUCCGAAGCCAGGGCUGCCCAUCACUCCAUAAGCCAGGCUGAUAAUGAAGGGGGGGGGGUUAGGUGUCUCUCUGUUUAUUGCAAUAAAAAGAUUUAGUUAUUUGGGCUUCCCCACCCCACCCCGCUGCACUGUAUUUAAGCAGUUAUUCAGGCACCAGCCACAACCUCAUUCUCCCCAGCCUCUCACAUAACAAUUAAA